UAUACAGCCUGAUGAGACACCAGACAGUUCACACUAGGGAGAGGCCAUUCUGUUGCUCAACGUGUGGGAAAGCAUUCACACAGUUAUCCAUCCUGAUGACACACCAUCGAGUUCACACUGGGGAGAAGCCGUACAUCUGCUCUGAGUGCAGGAAGGGAUUCACUCGGUCGUCCUAUUUGCUGAUGCACCAGAAAGUGCACACUGGGGAGAGGCCGUUCAUCUGCUCGUCCUGCGGGAAGGGAUUCAGUCAGUUAUCCCACCUGAUGACACACCAGCGAGUUCACACUGGGGAGAGGCCCUUUGCCUGCCCUACAUGUGGGAAGGGAUACACUAAGUCAUCCAGUCUGGUGGCACACCAGCGAGUUCACACUGGGGAGAGGCCGUUCUGCUGCUCAACGUGUGGGGAAGGAUUCAUCCAGUUAUCCAGCCUGAUGACACACCAGCGAGUUCACACUGGGGAGAGGCCGUUCUCCUGCUCAACAUGUGGGAAAGGAUUCACUCAUUUAUCCAGCCUGAUGAGACACCAGCGGGUUCACACCGGGGAGAAGCCAUACACCUGCUCCGAGUGUGGGAAGGGAUUCACUCAGUCAUCUGAGAUGCUGAUGCACCAGCGGGUUCACACUGGGGAGAGGCCAUACAGCUGUUCCGACUGUGGGAAGGGAUACACUCGGUCGUCCGAUUUGCUGAGGCACCAGCGAGUUCACACCGGGGAGAGGCCGUUCAUCUGCUCGACAUGCAGGAAGGGAUUCACUCAUUCGUCUUACCUGAUGAAACACCAGCGGGUUCACACUGGGGAGAGGCCGUACACCUGCUCUGACUGUGGGAAGGGAUUCACUCGGUCGUCCCAUUUGCUGACACACCAGCGUAUUCACACUGGGGAGAAGCCAUUCAUCUGCUCGACGUGUGGGAAAGUAUUCACUCGGUUAUCCAGUCUGAUGACACACCACCGAGUUCACACCGGGGAGAGGCCGUUCAAAUGCCCUGAGUGCGGGAAGGGAUUCCCUUGCUCAUCUGACCUGCUGAAACACCAGCGAAUUCACACUGCGGAGAAAGAUUAAACAUGCUGUAUACUCAAUAUACAACCAUCACUGCUACUGAAAUCUAGUGCAAAUUCUCAAGUGUUGCAGGUGUUCAUGGGGGAUGGAUUCUGUAGACGCUGCUGAUCUCGCCCAGGAUUCAACCCUGGGUCAUUGGGCACAGUUGAUUUUCUUUUGAAAUCUCUUUAACUGAGUUAGAGUUCAAUGUUCUGGAUCUGUGAUUAAA